GAUGCUCCCUGGGACAGGAGGAAUCAUAUCUUCCCACCCAUUGCUGCUGAGUGCCCGCUGGCAUCAUAGCCUUUAUCAGAGCUUAUCAACAGCACCGGCAUGGCUGGGACGGGCACUAUUACAGCCCAGCAGCUUAGCUUCGGGGAGGUCUGUAGUCGAAAACUGGGACAUGGUGAUUCUGGGUAGGUUGAAGAGAAACUACAAAGUUCAAAAUCUGCCAUACAAACACAGCACUGUUUUGUUUUUUUUUUUUUUUUUUAUUUUUGGUUGAUAAUAGCCCUGAAACGUCUCCCAGGCCACAUCCUUGUCUCUAGCUCAGGCAUCACGGUUUCAGGUCUCUCCUUUGCCCUCUGAGAAACCAUGAGAGAAAGUUUUCCUAAUAAAAGAAGCUUUAGAUAGCUGACAUCCUUCCCAACCAUUACCUUCCUUUCCUCUGGAUGUCAGCAUGGACUUUAACACAGUGGAGAUUGUCAGGUUGAAGGGAAGGGCCAAAGGUCAGGAUGUUUCUUUAGUUUGAAGUGAAAGACAAUACCACAAUGUUUUCCUGCCCCUCUGGUGUGUUAGACAAGUUGGAAUUCCUCCUGGGAGUGAGGAAGUACAUAGGUUUCCUCCUUCUGCCCAUUGCAGGAGAGGGAAGGCGUGGUGAGCUGGCCACUGUUAGUCUGGUGGCCGUGUGUAUGUUGAAGGACAGAGAAUGAACAGGUGAGGAUUAUAGAGUGUUAUAAAGUAAGAGCAUUAAGCAAGAAAGCCAGUGGUGUUUGGCCUUUGAGGAUUAAGAGGGACAGAAACUCCCAGCCAGGUGAAAAUUGCCUCUGAAUUGGCAUAGCGUCUUGACCAGUCUAGGCUGAGUGUUGUAAAGUCCAUGAAGACCUGGGAGCCCUUUAGAUGAGAGCAUGCUGGGAGAUUACCUGUCUCUGGACUCUUGAUUUCUGUUGAACUAAGGAUUUUUAUACUAGGAAGAAUGUCUUCAUUGAUCUUUGGUCAAAUCUCAAAGACACUGCCUCUUGACUCAGUCAUAAUCUUGUCUCAUUUUGUAAGAACUGAGGGAAGGAUCUUCUAGCCCAGUGGUUCUCAACCUUCUUAAUGUUAGAUCAUUUAACACAGUUCCUUAUGUUGUGAUGACCCUCAACCAUAAAGUUAUUUCAUUGCUACUUCAUAAAUAUAAUUCUACUAUUUUAAAUCAUAAUGUAAAUAUCUGAUAUGCAGGAUAUUUGAUAUGUGACCCCUGUGGGGCUUGCACUUCGCAGGUUGAGAACCACUGGGCUAGAGGCUUCUUCCUGGACUAGAGUCCAGCUCUUGUUCUAGGUAUCAUGCUAAGCAAGCAGGAAGCACAAGGAGCCUAGACCUAGUAAGGAAUGUGGAGCUGAGACCCGGAUAGGCAUGGCCAGGAUUGCUUGGGGAUAGCAGUACAGAGCAAGGCUUCCUAGAACCUGGUGCACGAUUCAAAGUGUCUAGAUCACUGGGGAGUGAGAAGACAACCAGGCCUGGUGUACAUGUUUCCAUCUAGAGAGAGUUUUCAGUCCCAGCAGGACUUGGUACUGCAAAUGGAGGCCUAGACAGCCAUGCUUUCUGCAGUGUGGCGAGACCAGAGAGAAAGGACACAGUUUGGUCACUGGAGGCUGCAGGUCUGAGCACUGGCAAGUGCAGCUCUUUGGACGUGCCUGUUCUAGAGGUUGGAUGGGCAAGGAUCUUGGAUGUGGUUCUUCUAAAGUGUUGAUUACCUUCUUAAAUCAUACAUGGGCCUCUAAGGAUUCUUUAGCUCCUCGAUCCUGGGAAACUAGCCUUCUUCCCUCCUUUAGUCUUGAGUUUCUCUCCCUGUAGAUAACUAGUAUCCAGAUUUCAACUCCUUCCGCAUAUCAUUCUUUCCUCCUUGACUGGUCUUGUCUUGGCGUUAUGACUCCCGUGUUUUGUACCAGGCCUUUUCUUUUGGGCCACCAACCAGCUCCCAAAUCAUGACACAGAGACUUCUUAUUAGUUUUGAAUGCCUGGCCUAUCUUAGGCUCAUUUCUGGCUCUUUAACUUAAGUUAACCUCUUUCUUUUUACCUGCCUUUUGCCUUGGGGCUUAUUACCUUUCUUACUUCAGUAUUUCUUACUUUUACUGCUUCUCAUGUCUAGUUGGCGGCUGCCUGACUUCUCACCCUGGGCGUCUCCCUCAUUCUCUCCUCUUUCAUCUUUUUUUCUCUCUAGAUUCCUCCUCCUACUUAUUCUCUCUGCCCGUCAGUUCCUCCUAUUCCUCUCCUGCCUAGCUAUUGACUGUUUAGCUUUUUGUUAGACCAAAUAGGUGCCUUUAGGCAGGCAGGGUAAAACAAAUACAACACAUCUGUACAUAGUUAAACACAUAUCCUUACAUAGUUAAACAAAUACAGCAUAAAGAAAUAUAACACAUCUUUGCCUAGUUAAAAUAAUAUUUCACAACACUUUUUUUUUCCUGAUGUUUCUGCUUGAUCUGUGUGUGCUGUUACAACCUGAGGCUUGGUCUCAGAAGAACUCCUUUUUGUUUUUCAUUCUCUUUUUUGGUGUCUAUGGCAGAGUUGUUUUAAAUACUGUCUAUGCCUCUUAAGAGUAGACAGCCAGUCUUAUAUUCUUUGAAUCUCAAACUAUAUCUGUGAGCUUUCUUGACACCUUCAACUGCUUCUAAGAACAGUCUCAGGUUUAAUAUGCCCCAAGCAAAGCAGAGCCCCAAACUCUGACUUCUACUUCACUUCCAGGCUUGGGGGUCUUCCUUCUGGUUGUCUUCUUCCCAGUAGAUAGCCACUGCCCACCAGUUGUUCAAGCCUCAAAUGUGUCAUCACUCUUGAGUCUUACUUUUCUCUUGCUUCCCCAUGACCAGUCCCUAAAGUGUGUUCCUCCGCUCUCAACACAUCAGCAGAUGCCUCUCCACCUAGCGCAUCUCCAGUGCUCUCCUGUACCGCCAUAAUAGUGACCUCCUGAAUGUCGCUGUGCUUCCUCUCCCGCCCCUGCAGUCUGUCCUGUUGUCACUCACUCCUACACUGAUUGCUGUUGACUGACUGAGGACAAGAAACUGGGGACAGGGGAAGCUGCGUGUCCUUAAGUAUCUUCAGUCUGCAAGCCUGUCAUAGUCAGAGUUUCUCCUGCCGUGGAGAAACAGAACACCGUGACUGUAGCAGUGUGGAGAGGAAGGGGUUUCUUUCAGCUUACAGCUCUCAGGUCAUACUCCAUUGCCGAGGGAAGCCAGGGCAGGAACUCAAAUAGGGAAGGAAUCUGGAGGUGAAGGAGCUGAUGCAGAGGCCAUGGAGGAACGCGGCUUACUGACUUGCUUCCUCUGGCUUGCUCAGCCUGGUUUCUUAUAGAACCCAAGAUUACCAGCCCAAGGGUAACCCCACCCACAGUGAACUAGCCCCUCCCCCACAUCAAUCAUCAAUCCAGAAAAAGGCACCUACAGGCCAGUCUGCUGGGGCGCAUUUUAACAACUGGGCAUGGUGACUCGUAUCUGUAAUCCUGUUUCUAAGAGGCUGAGGGUGGAAGAUUGGCAUGAGUUGUAACCAGCCUGGACUACCAGGUGAGGUCAAGGCUAGCCUGGACUACAGAAUAAGACCUGGUAUCCUCUCUAAAGAACAAAAAAGAAAAGACAUUCCCUGUGCCCCACAAAAUAGGAGGAGUUCCCAUAGUCCAAAGCCUUCUGCUAGGCCCUCCACCAUUCUUGGUUUCUGCUUCAUAUUGAAGAAGAGACUGGAUGUUGAAGGAACACAGCCAGAGCAUGCCUGGUCCUAUCCUUUCCUGAACUCAACAGUAAGCAUGGGCACAGUGUUUCUUUCCCUCGGCUGUGAGGCAGGUGCAUACCAAACAUGAGACUGCCGUGGAUUCCUGUGUUCAGUGGGGUGGUGGACUGGGGGUCCUCUGAAAUGUAUUGCCAGAGUAUUUCUGAUCCAUAGGGUUUGGCAUGAGAAGUGAGGGACAUCUGCUUUGGAUGUCAGAGAUGGAAAAUUCUGGAUAAUUGUAUCACUCAAGGAACUCUCUUCUGGGCACCCAUUCUUCAGCUUGACAGCUGUUUUGUUUCCAGCACCUCGGAUGUGUCAGGUGGUGUGCUAAGCAUCGGGAAUGAACAGUGAGAUGGAAGGGCAGGGCGGCUGCCUCUUCGCACAGCACUGUGGUCAGCCCAGAACCCAAGGCUUGGCCAACUCAUUCCAUGGCACGAAACAUGGUGGAAUGUCAAAGCCUGGAACUUUCUCCCAGAACAAGGCUUUGGAGGCACAUCUUAUCAGAACAACCACCAUAACAAGCCAUAGUCUCUAGUUUAUCAGGCCAACCAAAGGCCUGGUCUACAAGGUUAGCGAAGCCUCAUUCAGAGACCCUUACACCCUUUAGCUGAUGGGUUUGUGGGGCGUAGAAGAGGUCGCUGCUGUGGAAGGAGAGCUGUGACGUUGAGUGACAGGGUUUCUGGGAGGGGGCUCUCACUAUAGUAGGGCGGGGUCUUGGGAGCUUGUCCAGUACAAGAGAAGCCUUGGGAAGUGUGGUGGCUGUCCUUCGCUGUCCAAAGAAACAGUCUGAGGCCGUAGGUCAGGUCAGAGUAGCUGUGAGGGGACAGAUUUUGGCUUCAUAAAGGUCAGUGCUGUCUGCAGCUGGGCUGAUUCAUGAGUUUGGCAGACAUUCAUGGCAAGUUGUGCAGAGCAUGAUAGGCCUGUGUCGGGUGGGCCAAGUCCUGUUCUCAAGUUCCAAAUAGUCUGGAGGUUGCUUAGGGGGUAGUAAGUAGUCUUCAUGGCAUGCUGGAGCAGAGGUCAGACAGACACACGUCAGAAGGGCAGCCUAGAGAGCAGGAACAGUUAAACUAGUGGUGGUGGGAGGGUUGGACCAGAGGCCUAGGAGGAGCUUUCCACGCCCAGAAGAGCCAGUAGGAGUUGUGGGAUGGGAUGGCUUGCUGUGCAGUGUGUGCGGGGAUUGCUGGCUAGCAGUGUACCAAGAGGAGGGCUGGGCUGGGAGAAGGCACAGCAGAGCCACAGCAUCAGUGUUGUGUCCUUGAAGACCCAGAUAGAGCAGAGGUGACCAGAACGAUGGGCCUGAGAGCUGAGGGGACGGCUCAGGGGGUAAAGCACUUGCUUUACAAGCACAAGGACAUGAGUUCAGAUCCCAGAACCCACAUAAAGCUGAGUAGCAUACGUCUGGAAUCCCAGUGCUUCUCUGACAAGAUGGUGGCGGGGACAGGAGACUCUCCGGAAACUCACAGGCCAAGUUGGUGGGCCAGCUAGCCUGGCUCAUACAGCUGCAAACAAGAUGAGGCCUGCCUCAAGCAAGGGGGAAUGAGGAGACAGAUCUGAGGUUCCCCUCUGCCAUGUGGCUGCACUAAAGUAAAUGAACACACACAAAUAAAAAGCAUUUCUCCUUGGAAGAGGCUGUUCCUGUACUUGGUAUGUCUUUCUUCAGAGUAUCUUUUCCCUCAACCCUUGUAGUUAAGCCCAUUCUAAAAUAUUUUUAAUACAAAACUUAAUAAAAAUGACUACUCAGGUAGGAAAAGUUCAGAACUUAGCUCCAGAAUGGGAGCCCCGGGAACUGGAGGAUAAAGGGUUUCUUCAGGACCCCUCCAGCAGGUUACGUUAGCCUUGGUUUGGAGUGUUCCCACUGUCUCUCCUGCUACCCCUUUUUGUUUCAGGGUCUCCAGGACGAGUGUCAGUACCUCCUUCAGCCACAGCUGAUUGUCCGACGUUUGCUGGAUGUGGCUGUACUGGUUCCUGGCCGUCCCUCAGAGCAAACUCUCUCCCCCCACAAUCGUUCAGCCUUGUAUAAAGUGUCCACAACCCAGCCUGUCCCGUGCCUUGGUCCCUGGGGCUGCCAUGAAUAUGCCCCAAUCACUGGGCAACCAGCCACUGCCCCCAGAGCCACCAUCCCAGGGGACCCCUGUAGAAGGGUCUGCAGCCACAUCGCCACCUGAGCACUGCUGGCCAGUGCGUCCCACUCUGCGCAACGAGCUGGAUACCUUCUCUGUCCACUUCUACAUCUUCUUUGGUCCCAGCGUGGCUCUUCCACCUGAGCGCCCGGCCGUGUUUGCUCUGAGGCUGUUGCCAGUGCUGGACAGUGGCGGUGUCCUUAGUCUGGAGCUGCAGCUCAAUGUGAGUUCCCUGCACCAAGAAAAUGUAACAGUGUUUGGAUGCCUGACUCAUGAGGUGCCCUUGAGCCUGGGGGAUGCUGCUGUGACCUGUUCCAAAGAGUCCCUCUCAGGUUUCCUCCUCUCAGUCAGUGUCACGUCCAGAGUGGCCAGACUUCGAAUUCCUUUCCCACAGACGGGGACCUGGUUCCUGACCCUCCGCUCUCUUUGCGGGGUGGGACCUCGGUUCGUGCGAUGCCGCAAUGCGACGGCUGAAGUGCGGUUGCGCACCUUCCUGUCCCCAUGCGUGGAUGACUGUGGGCCCUAUGGCCAGUGCAAGCUGCUGCGCACCCACAACUACCUGUACGCGGCCUGCGAGUGCAAGGCUGGGUGGCGAGGCUGGGGUUGCACAGACAGUGCCGAUGCGCUCACCUAUGGAUUCCAGCUGCUGUCCACACUCCUCCUCUGCCUGAGCAACCUCAUGUUUUUGCCACCUGUGGUCUUGGCCAUUCGGAGCCGGUACGUGCUGGAAGCUGCUGUCUACACCUUCACCAUGUUCUUCUCCACGUUCUAUCAUGCCUGUGACCAGCCAGGCAUUGUGGUUUUCUGCAUCAUGGACUACGAUGUGCUUCAGUUCUGUGACUUCCUGGGCUCCUUAAUGUCGGUUUGGGUCACCGUCAUUGCCAUGGCUCGUUUGCAGCCCGUGAUCAAGCAGGUGUUGUAUUUGCUGGGGGCUAUGCUGCUGUCCAUGGCUCUGCAGCUUGACCGGCAUGGACUCUGGAACCUGCUUGGACCCAGUCUCUUCGCCCUUGGGAUCUUGGCUACAGCUUGGACAGUUCGCAGCGUCCGGCGCCGGCACUGUUAUCCGCCAACAUGGCGCCGCUGGCUCUUCUACCUGUGCCCGGGCAGCCUUAUUGCAGGCAGUGCCGUCCUUCUGUAUGCUUUCGUGGAGACCCGGGACAACUACUUCUACAUUCAUAGCAUUUGGCAUAUGCUCAUUGCUGGCAGCGUAGGCUUCUUGCUACCUCCUCGUGCCAAGACUGACUGCCGGGUCCCAUCUGGAACUCGGGCCCGGGGCUGCGGUUACCAGCUGUGCAUCAAUGAACAGGAAGAACUGGGCCUUGUGGGCCCUGGAGGGGCCACUGUCAGCAGCAUCUGUGCCAGCUGAGAGGGGCUUUGGGCCAGGCUCCUAGGGGUUAUGAACCCUGCCUAGGGUUCCUCCUGGGGCUGUGGAGCCCUUCUAGGAACAAGGGACAAGUUGUGUUUCUUAGAGGCGCACAAUCUUUCUCAAGGAUGACUGAUUUCAGGGACCAGGAGGCCUUCCCAAGACAUGGAGAAUUUCCUGAGAGCCCGGAGUCCUCCUGUUCUUCUGGAGUCCUUCUUAAGGAUGAGCUAUGCAGGACACAGCCCCUCAGGACCAAGGAGGACCUAGGGGUGCGGAGCCCUUCCCAGGGAUAGGAAGAGCUCCUACAGACAUGAGAUACUUCUCAAGGAGACAAAUUGUCAUCAGGAAUGAAUCAUCAGUACAGAGGGAAAAGGAGUCCAUCUUGGAGAAACACAUCACCAGAUUUUCCCAGAGGCUCUGCAACACUGGCCACUUCUGGACUGUGCUGUGCUGGGCAGAGGGCUGGGAGAGACAGCUGGGGCGGGGCUAGGCAGCUGGGGUCCUGAUUUGAUGCAGGUGGAGUCUGGUUUGUCUCCAAUGAAGUCCAUACUGAUUCUGUGCUGCCUUUCUUUCCCCUCCUGGGGCCAGGGUGUGGGGAGAUGGAGUGAAAGGGACACCGAGAAAAGCGUGAGAGUGACAGGACCUUCCUGAAGAAGAUGCUGGAAGCUACUGUCUGUGACUUCUGCCUAUGGCUUGCACACCCACAUCUCUCUUAUCUGGUUCCUGUGUUUAAUUCCAAAACUCCCUGCUGUCCAUUUCCUGGUUGUUGUGGACCCUAAUCUGUGGCAGUGAAGAGGAGAGUGCGCAUGCGUGCGUGCGUGUGCUUGCUGUGUGUGUGCAGAGAUGAAUUCAUAAGACAGGCUUCCCCACGACGCCUACACCACAGAGAAGGAAGCUAAGGUGCCAGGAAAGUGGAGCAACAGGCACAAAUUUCAGAUGUACACGGCGCUAUAAGAAUGGAACUACUAUUUUAAGCUUCCAUUUUUUCUUGCAUGCCAGAAAUAAUCUUGUAUGAAUUUAGAUUUCUUUUUUUAGUGUGUGCGUGUGUGUGUGUGUGUGUGUGUGUGUGUUUCCGCACGCACGUUCGUGUGUUGCUGUGUAUAUAGUUUGUUCUGGUCUUGAUAUCAUGAUCCUCGGGGUCCUGGAAUUACAGACAUGGACAUCAUGCCUGGCAGCUGAACUCUUUCUUCCCCCAUGGGCUCAUAACUGAGUUUUGAGGAUUUUGUCUUAUGCUAAAAUACUAGAAGAAUUCUUUCUGGUCCCCAGGGUCUCUACUUCAUCCAUUUUCUGAGAGCGCUGUCAUCCCAACUGGUUCCCAGUCAGCAGUCAGACAGACUGCUAAAUGCUGAGCCAUUUUUUUUUUUUUUGUUUUUGUUCUGUCUGCGUAUCUCCGAGUGUCUGCCCCCAAGUUGUGUACCAUGUGAGGUGUUUGUACUGGGCUACCCAGACACAGCAUGAAGCCAGUUCUCUCCCGGGGUCCUAUGCAGGGUUUUACCUGAUAGGGCAGAAGAUGAGUUGUUUUCCCUGUAGACGAAGCUGGCUCAGCUCUGGCUUCUUCAGGGAAUCUGGGACAGCGCUCAUACUUCCCUCCUCUCGCCCCUCCCUCUUGUCAAUCUGGAGGAGACAACCUCACAUUUGGACGGAAUCUUUUCUCUGUGCCUUAAUCCUUUCUAUUCUCUCCACGGCCUAGGCCUUUGAAGCUCAGAGCCUGGGAAAUACCACUUUAUUCUUUACUCUCAGCAAUCAGAUCGCUUCCCUGAGGCACCGGGUAAAGAAUAAAGUAGCUGACUGAGUGGCAAGGAGUGAAGGUGGAUGGGCCUGGUGUCCGCUCCUGUAUCAGAAGUGCUGUUCUGGGGCCAGGUGUGGGGUGCACACCUUUAUCCCAGCACUCUAGGGGUAGGAGCUGGCGAAUUGACUUGAGUUCAAGCCAGCCAAAUUUACAUAGGCCCUCUCUUAAAUAAAAAUGGUUGGAGAAAUGACUCAGUGGUUAAGAGCAUUGCUCCUCCAGAGGACUGGAGUUCAAUUCCCUGUACCCAGUUACAGGAUAAGAUGCCUGUAACUAUAGCUCCAGGGACACACCACCUCUGGACCCCAUAGGGACUUUUCCACACAAGUACACACACAGACACACAUACACCUGAC